GGAAAAUCUACACUUAUUUAAACCCAACCACUUUUUUUUCUAAUUACCAGAAGAAGCACCUGUUCUGUUUCUCUCUCACUCUCUCUCUCUCUCUUCUACCCACCCUCCUAAGGUCCUCCCAAUACAGCCUCAUUGACUCUCACCCCUCCCUACUUGUUCUUUCUAGCAAGUUUAAAUGAGAAAUUUAGAGUUUAAAAAACCUACAUUAAUGCUUCAGUUGUUUCUCAUAGUUCUACUCCUUUGGUCCGAAAAUUUUGAUACGUGCAAUGCUAGACAAGGCAGACAUUGGAGGCAUAGCAGACCUCUGUCAGCUUCAUUGUUAAAGAAAAAGGGAAAAAGUCAUCAUCAUCACAAUAGUAAACCAAAACAAAAGCCAAAGCCCGUGUCUCCGAAAAUGCCAAAGCCAAGUCCAAAAGUGGACACAUCGCCAUUGCCUCCGCCAAUUCAGAAAGGUCCAUACUUUAAAAGGUCACCUCCUAAAGCUACGUCACCACCAAAACCUACACCAAUAGUAGAAAUUCCAUCACCUCUACCACAUAAAGGUUCCAACAUUUUCAGUGUGCUAGAUUAUGGAGCGAAGGGUGAUGGUAGUAGUGAUGAUACAAAGGCAUUUGAAGCUGCAUGGGAUGCGGCUUGCAAAGUUCAGUCAUCAACGAUGCUGAUUCCAUCAGGAUAUCAGUUCCUAGUGGGACCCAUUACAUUCUCCGGUCCUUACUGCCAGAAAAACAUUAUUUUUCAGCUUGAUGGGACGAUUAUUGCUCCAACAAGCCCCAAUGCUUGGAAAUCUAAUCUAUUGUGGUGGAUGGACUUUACAAAACUCGUAGGAAUCACCAUACAAGGAAAAGGUAAAAUCGAUGGAAGUGGCUCUGUUUGGUGGACAGACGCUCCAUAUGAUUCAGAAGAUCACCAUGAGUUGCAAAUUAUCACCCCAUUAAAUGACACAAUCCUAGACAAGCCCCCAAUGCCAGUGAGAAGUGUGCUCAGCAGAAAAAUGCCAAGUGUCAAGCCUACAGCCAUAAGAUUUUAUGGAAGUAUUAAUGUCACAGUCACAGGAAUAACAAUUCAGAACAGUCCUCAAUGCCAUCUCAAAUUUGACAAUUGCAUGGGAGUCAUGGUUUAUUCAAUAAGUGUCUCAUCACCUGGUGAAAGUCCUAAUACUGAUGGAAUCCACCUCCAAAAUUCCAAAGAUGUGCUCAUCCACUCUACCAGCCUUGCCUGCGGUGAUGACUGCAUAUCGAUACAAACAGGAUGCUCGAAUGUAUACAUCCACAAUGUAAACUGCGGACCAGGACAUGGCAUCAGUAUUGGAAGUCUGGGAAGGUAUAACACUAAAGCCUGUGUCUCAAAUGUCACUGUCAGAGACGUCAACAUGCAUGGCACGAUGACUGGAGUCCGCAUAAAGACAUGGCAGGGUGGUUCAGGAUCUGUGCAAGGCGUAACAUUUUCAAAUAUUCAAGUCAAUGAAGUUCAGCUUCCGAUUGUAAUAGACCAAUAUUAUUGUGACAAAAGCACGUGUAAGAAUGCAUCAGCCGCAGUUGCAGUAUCAGGUGUCACAUAUCAAAAUAUAAAAGGCACAUACACUGUAAAACCUGUACAUUUAGCUUGCAGUGAUGAGCUACCAUGCACAGACAUAACACUGAAUACCAUACAACUAAAGCCAUUGCAAGAACGAUACCACUUAUAUGAUCCCUAUUGUUGGCAAUCAUUUGGAGAACUUAUGGCUCCCAUUGCUCCUCCACUUGGUUGUUUACAAAUAGGGAAGCCAUGGAAGAACAAGGUUCAGACUGAUGUUGAUAUAUGUUGAUGAGUGAUGACAUCAUAGCUACUCAUGGCAAUCCAAUUUUCCUUUUUUCAGUUGGUCGGAUUAUUGUUUAUUCUGACCCAUUCACACUAUUGGCUAGAUAGCUAGAGAGUAUAUAUAUUAAGGCUCAAGUUAAAGAACCUUAUAUAGUAGGCUUAUAUAGGUUAUCAUCCAGGAUAAAUCUUGCUUACCAGGCUUUGUCAUUUUAUUCGGGCAUUGUCCCAGUGUAAGAUAUUACAUAAAGUGUGAUAUAGAUGUUUGAUAAAUAAUAUUUUGAUUCAUUAAAAUUGCACAAAA